CGAUGAGAUGAGAGGAGAGAGAAAGAUCUUGGAAUAACUGUAUCUCAGAGCCGCGUCACCAACCUUCGUUCAUUUCACGAAGCGAACAUAGCGCACGCAAGAGAUGGAUGUUAGACGUAGAAAAAAUCGUUCAACCGACACUAAUAACAAGGAAACUAAACGUCAAAGCGGCAAUUUUGAGUUCGAACACGCGGACACAAAUCUCGAUGGGAAAACGGUGGAAAAUCAGGCUACUGAAAGAUUGACUAUCCUUCGAAAAGAAGAAAAUGGUAAAUUAUUCAAAUUGGAUAAAGACACAACGGACAAAGAAUUGUUGGACUCGACAAUACCACAACAUGCACAGAAACGUAUUACGAUAAAUUUGGAAUUUGAUGUCGUGGCGCUGCUUCUCAUGGUCACAGGGCUCAUGACAAGACUCUAUAAGUUGGAAGAGCCAAGGAGUAUAGUUUUCGAUGAGUUGCAUUAUGGGAAAUACGUUGGGCACUACAUGUCGAGAACUUUUUUUUUUGAUUCUCAUCCGCCGUUGGGAAAACAAUUGGUAGCGGCGGCUGCUUAUUUGGCAGGAUUCGACGGUCGAUUUAAAUUUGAUAGAAUCGGCAGUCCCUAUUCGGAGCAAGUACCGCUCCUUGCUCUACGAAUAGUUCCUGCACUUUUUGGAAGUUUCAUUCUCCCGACUGCUUAUCACUUGGCUCUGGAACUUGGACUGAAGCCCUGGAGCGCAGCGGUCGCCGGGCUGCUGCUUUUGUUGGAUAAUGCUUUGUUGACGCAAUCUCGAUUUAUUCUCAUGGAAAGCAUCCUCAUCCAAUUCUCUCUAUUUGGAUUACUUUGCAUCCUCAAAUUCCGUCGCGUCAUGGACAAGCCUACCAGUGUUUGGUGGUGGAUUUGGCUCACCAUGGGAAUCGCCAGUCUCACUUGCGCUUUGUGUGUGAAGUACGUGGGAUUUUAUUCGCUGGUUUUGGGUCUCUUCCUGAUGACUCGAGAUUACUGGUCGUUGAUAUCUCGGCGGAGUUUGUCAUCCGGAGUGCUCUGGGUGCACUUGUUGCUGCGCUGUUUGGUGGUGUUCUCGAUAUUCGGCUUGGUGUAUCUGAGUGUAUUUUACGUGCACUUAUCUGUGUUGACAAAGGCUGGACCGCACGACGCGGUGAUGACAAGUGCGUUUCAGGCGAGUUUAGAAGGUGGUUUGGCGAGUAUAACGAAAGGGCAGCCGCUGGAGGUGACACACGGGUCGCAAAUAACGUUGAGACACACGCACGGUCGGGCCUGUUGGCUUCAUAGCCACAACCACGUUUAUCCGUUGCGAUAUCCUGACGCUCGAGGGAGUUCCCACCAGCAGCAAGUGACUUGUUAUUCCUUCAAGGACGUGAACAACUGGUGGAUCGUCAAGUUGCCGGACGUCAAAGAUCUGGUGGUUUCUCGUCCGAUCGUGGGUCUCAAACACGGGGACGUGAUCCAGCUUGUGCACGGAAUAACUAGCCGUGCAUUAAACUCUCACGACGUGGCGGCUCCGAUGACGCCCCAGAGCCAGGAAGUUUCUUGCUACGUCGAUUAUAACGUUUCGAUGCCAGCGCAAAAUCUGUGGCGAAUCGAGAUCGUUAAUCGUGAGAGCAGCGACGAUUUUUGGUACGCGAUUCAAAGCCAAGUCCGUUUGAUUCACGUCGGCACGGAAUACGCUCUGAAAUUCAGCGGACGACAGCUCCCCGAUUGGGGCUUCAACCAGCACGAAGUCGUCGCUGAUCGCAUGGUCGACCAGUCCAACGCUGUCUGGAACGUCGAAGAACAUCGGUACACUAAAAGCGAAGAUCAGAAACAACGGGAGAGAGAACUUAUCAAUGCCGAAAUGAUUCCAUUGGGAGCUACGAGUUUGAGCUUUUUCGAAAAAUUCCUCGAACUCCAAAUGAAAAUGCUCUUCGGGGGACAGGACGGACAAAAUAGUCAUAUGUACUCCAGUGGACCUUUGGAAUGGCCGCUCAUGACUAGGGGCAUCGCUUAUUGGGUUGCCAGCGACAGUAACGCACAAGUUCAUCUUCUGGGAAAUAUCGCAGUUUGGUAUUCUGGUUCGAUUGGCCUCGUCAUUUACGUCGGUCUACUGAUUUUUUACCUCCUCAGACGUCGCAGAAUGUGUUACGAUAUUCCUGAAAGCGAAUGGAAUCGUUUUGUCAAUUAUGGUCAGGUUCUGUUCGCUGGAUACGCCCUUCAUUUCUUGCCGUUCGUUUUCGUCGAAAGAACGCUUUUUCUUCAUCACUAUUUGCCGGCUUUUAUCUUCAAGGUCUUACUGACUGCUGCUACGAUCGAUCACGUUUAUCAUUUGAUCAGAAUUCGUAAUCGGUGGAAGCUCGUUGUUUCAUUAACAACGUUGUGUAUAAUCGGUUGGGUCGUCUCGAUUUUCCUCGUAUUUCGAAAAUUUUCGGUUCUCAGUUACGGAACGACACCGCUCACGGCAAACGAAGUUGUGAAACUGCGUUGGAGCGAUACGUGGGACUUUAUCAUUCACAAAACUUGAAAAGAGUGAGAAAAAGAAAACAGUUGUCGUUUAAUUAUGAUCUUCGAACUUGAUAAUCAAGGGGGAAAACAAAAUACUCAAUCGGAACGAAGUAUUAAAUUGACUGAUAAAAAGCAUCACUUUUUUUUAGAUAAUUUCCAUUUUGGGACCGAGUCUUUAUCUAGGAAAUGAAAAAUUGAAAAAAAAAAACAAAAAAUUCAUUUUUUUAACACUUACGAAAAACGCUAAUUUCAAAGAUUCGAAUGGCCCAAAACUUUUGGCUCUGGACCUUAAGUGUAAAAUAUUUAGAAAUUUUUAAUUCACAAAAAAGUAUGAUUUUUUUUUUUAUAUUUAUAUCAAGUUAUCGAUAUUUUAUACAAAUAAUAUAUACAAUUAAUGGAUUAUAUAGAUGUUGGAUUACGAAUAAUUCAUUUUUCAUAUGAUUUUACUUCAUAAAGGAAAACAAAGCUUGAUAUUAUAUUGAUAAAUAUUUGAGAAUAUUUAUCGAAAAUGCACAGAAAUCAGCCUUCGUGGUUACGUGACAUAUCAAAAAAAGGAAAAAAAUGCAAUAUUUUUCUAUUUUCCAGUAAUAAUUAUAAAGUCCACUUCAUUUAUACAUAAUUUUUAUUAUUAUUAACAAUUUAGAUAAUAGCGUACAUACCAUGACUUUUAAGAUGAAAUUUUUAUUUCAGGAAAUUUUUUUUCCAUGUUUUAAUGUAAGAUUGCUAAUUAUUGUGACAAAUUUUACAAAAAGUUGAAUGUACAUAGAGAAUAAUGAUGAGUAUGCUUUUUUCCAAUGAUCCGUCCUUAAUUAUUAGAAAAUAAUAAACAUAUUUUCAUUGAA